AUGAAAAUAGUAUUAAAUCGCCUUAGAGAAAAAAAAACUCUUGAUCAAAAUUACUUUAAGCCAAGGUAUUAUUUUGUAACGGAAUGGUGUCUUGACAUGCAUGGUUAUCUUGACAGGGAAGAAUUAGAAGCUCGUCUUGAAGAAAUCAAUAGAAUAGUCGCUGCAAACCCAUUGCUUAGUGAAAGAGUAAAAAAUGGUCUUUUAUAUGCUUUCGUCUUCCUUUUCCUUAUUUUUGGUGGGUUUAUUAUUGGCCUUUCUAUUCCUUCUUUUAUAUAUGGUCAAAAUGAUGGUUAUGUUACUCCCUCCGUGAUGCAAGUUAUCAAUAUUAUCGCUUUCUUUGUGGGGAAAUAUUUUGUCAACCAAGCAGCAGAACGUCGCUCCUCACAAUUUUCUGAAGCUAUUAAAAAAUUGUUCGAUCAAUAUAACGCCAAAGAUAACCCAACUGCCAAUUGGAAACUUAAGUGGCGUAACGUUAUCACUCAUUAUAACUUAGAAAUACCAUAUUAUUCAUUUGAAAAAACGAGUUUUGAUAGCAAGGGAAAGAUAACGCCAAAGUAUGCUGAGGAAGCAGAGAUAGAGCUAGAAAUAAAUGACGCCCUCUCUGAAAUCACCGAGUGUACCAUCCGUUUGCACCUUUAUAGAAAUAAUAAACUUAAAAGAAUUACUAACCAACAAGAGGAACUUGAGAGACUUCUUGCAUCAAACGAGGACUUGUCAAUUAUCAUCGAUGAUAAGAAAUUGCCUGAAAUUCCUUUCAAUUACGCACCCCGACCCAACAACACGCCCCUGCCUAACGACACGCCUCCAUGUCACAAUACUCCAUAUAAUCCGCAGAUGGGCUCUGCAUAUACGGGUCAAAAUAACAAUCAAAAUUAA